AUGGCUGCCCCCUGUCGGCGCGGCUCUUGGUUGGUCCGCGCGGUGCUAGGGGUCUGGCAGCGGGGCCCCGAAGCCUCGAGGGACUGGGUGAGCCGGCUGCCCUCGGCCCCGGGAUCCCCGGGGAGAUGCGUAUCUUGUUUUGCAGGCGCCGCUUUCGCUGGUCCACGCCUGUCCUCGGCCUCCCGCCGUCAUGGCCAGGGCUCUGCCUUGGACCGGUUCCUCGGACUCCCGCAGGCCAGCGGUCCCCUCACCCCGUGUGCCCCCGCAGUGCCUAUGGACAAAGGUGAACAGGAUCUCCUCUUGGUUCAUCAUCCUGACAUGCCUGAGAACCCCCGGGUCCUGCGAGUGGUUCUCCUAGGAGCCCCAAAUGCAGGAAAGUCGACACUCUCCAACCAACUCCUGGGCCGAAAAGUCUUCCCUGUCUCCAAGAAAGUACACACCACGCGUUGCCAAGCUCUGGGCGUCAUCACAGAGAAGGAGGCCCAGGUGGUUCUCCUUGACACACCUGGCCUUAUCAGCCCCAUUAAACAGAAGAGGCACCAUUUGGAGCUCUCUUUGCUGGAAGACCCCUGGAAGAGCAUGGAAUCUGCUGAUCUGGUUGUGGUUCUUGUGGAUGUCUCGGACAAGUGGACUCGAAACCAGCUUAGCCCGCAGGUGCUCCAGUGCUUGUCCCAGUUCUCCCAGGUCCCCAGCAUCCUUGUCUUGAACAAGGUAGAUUGUUUGAAGCAGAAAUCAGUUCUCCUGGGGCUCACUGCAGCCCUCACUGAAGGUGUGGUCAAUGGGAAGAAGCUCAAGAUGAAGCAGGCCUUCCACUGGCCCUCCAGCACCCAUUGUCCCAGCCCAGAAGCCAAGGGCCCAGACACCCAAGCCGGGGGAGGCCCUCAAAGGGCAGGCUGGCCACACUUUCAGGAAAUCUUCAUGUUAUCAGCCUUAUGCCAAGAGGAUGUGAGAACAUUGAAGCAGUAUCUCCUGGGGCAGGCGCGGCCCGGGCCCUGGGAGUUCCACAGCGGAGUCCUCACUACCCAGAAUCCCUUGGAGAUCUGUGCCAACAUCAUCCGGGAGAAGCUCCUGGAGUACCUGCCCCAGGAGGUGCCCUACAAUAUCCAGCAGAAAACCGAUGUCUGGGAGGAGGGGCCAGCUGGCCAGCUGAUGAUUCUACAGAGGAUUCUGGUGCCCAAAGAAUCCCAUAUGAAGCUCCUGAUUGGUCCGAAGGGGCAGCUGAUUGCCCAGAUUGCGCAGGAGGCUGGCCAUGACCUCAUGGACGUCUUCCUCUGCGACGUUCAGCUCCGCCUCUCCGUGAAGCUUCUCAAGUGACCACCUUCUCUUGCCCCUCCCUGGGCAGAACGGCCCGAGCUGCUGACCAGGACUACCACUGCCCAGGGGCCCGUCGGGACUGGUGAGGAGCAUGGGCAGUUGACUGUUUUGUCAAUCCGCGUGGCACCUGCCCCACCACUUCUCUUGUUGGAGAAAGGUGCUUGCCUUAGCUCUGUCCUGAGGCAGCUCCUCUGACUGCGGCCAUCGCCUUCUGGAGGCUCAGAAAUUGGCUGCCCUCAUGGGGAGCAGUGUGGCCCUGCCUCCAGCUGGUUUGGAUCCUCGGCAUCUUGCUGAGGGGCCAGUUGUGCGCAGGGAGGAGCUCACUUUUCUGGGCAAUUGUACCUGAACGCCAGGUAAGGGUCCGUUUGUUUGGGCCCCUCCCUCCUGGACCCCAGGUCCCUGGUUCCCUCCCUUCCCCUCCUGAGCCCCAGUCUUGGAUGUGAAUAAAAUUACAAGAGACGUA